AUGGAAAAUAACAAUCAAAUAUCAGAGGGGAACCCUAUAGAGGCGACAUCGACACCCACGUCGGAAUCUCCGUUCUAUACUGCCGACUUGUUGUCGAAAGAGGCAUGGCGAGCCGCCCUCAAGACGGGUGACUCUACUUCUUUCGAAUGCACGUCGUUUGUCACCUACGAGUCGGCCUCGACGCAGCCUCCGGGCGUGUUUGCCGGCACAUCGCAGCCCAAUUCUCCUGGGACGCAUUUCGCGACUCUCCGACCGGCCCAUUCCAGAACUUCGACGCCGUUGUAUGGGACUUGGAGUCCCCUCUUGGAUCGUGACGAAGUGCAUAAGCAGAACGGAAUUAGUGAGCAGCCAGGGCUCGUUGCCUGGACAUCCGAGGAAGACGGGCAGCAUUGUCAUGCAGACGCACUCACACUAGAGAGCCAAAAGAGGGAUGGGCCCGCUAAGCAGGAGCCGAGUGGUCGCAAUUCGGAGCAGCGAAACUCUGGUAUUCUUCAGAAUAUCUGGUCGGCAUCAUCCGCAUGGAUAGGCUCCCUAAACACCGAAAUAGCCACACGGAGAAGGUCUGUCCAAGAUAUUGCUGUUGGCUUGCCUACGUCAGCGCCGGCGACACCAUCUCCGACCAAGUCUCAGUUUGUUCAGUCCGAUUCAGACGCCCCACCAUCAAAGCUGUUUCAGAAUCUCUGGAAACGGUCCUCUGCGUGGAUAGGAACGAGGAACAUAGAUGUAGACGCUCAUCGAAACGGGGCCCAUCAAGAGCUCCUGACGACGCAAGAGCCCACUAUCAACUUGGGCGAAUCUCCGAUCCGUGGGGGGUACAAAUUCUCGGUAUUAAUUGACGACCCACGCGCGAUUGCGGCCGAGCUGCAACAAAUCCUGAUCAAUCAGCUUAUGGAGCUGACAGAAGCAUACUGCAGAUACAAUCCAGAUGGAUACGAUAUGCACCUGAUAAACUACCCCAGCAAGUCCGUUAUAUGCAAAGCAGCGAAUGUUCUAGAUGUCUUCCGGGCUAGCCUUCAAACAAGUUCGGAGAAAUUACAUGAAAGACUCCAUGAUGUCUUGAAACUGUACCUGGAUGCACUCGCUGCUGCACAAAACAUGGCCACACCUUCCCAGUUCAUUAGCUGGAGGCCUCUCAUUAUCCUCGUUCUCAUCCGAAACUUCCCGACACGAGAUUUGCUCACAGUGGUUGAGAAUGCAUAUCGGGAGCUAGGACCGGCUUUGUCGAGUCAGAUCAGAAUCACUUUUAUUCAGAUUGGAGAUGAGGAACCUGUCUCUCGCGGUAUACGACAAUUUGGCGAUGCGUUUAACCAGUCAAAUUUCCAGGAAUUUAUUUCCAUUGUCUUGCCCUCUGAGAAAAGCCGUCUACCUGAAGCUCUCAUAAGGUGCUUCAUAAGAAUGGCUGAACCCUAUCCCGCGCCGAGUUAUCAUCUACCAAUCUCACCAAGUCCUCAUGCGCAUGCGAGAUCAAAUGCGUCUGCGGCCGUCCCAGCAAUACUCGCAAUCAAGGCCGAAGAGCAAGAUCAAGUCGAUCAGGUCAAGGACGAUGAGGGUGCUUCGAAGAUCAAGGAAAGCCAUGUUGCAGCCGAAGGCCCAAACCACGAUUCCGUCAGCUCGUCUCCUCACCGUCUUAGUCACCAACGUACUCCAAGCAAAUCGAUCCGACUCGGGCUCAUGCUGCUGGUUGCUCAGGCCUGGGUCAUUCACGAUCCGUCAAGGACAGGUUACCUGGACAAGUCGCGGAUUGUACCUUUCUUCGCGACUCUUCCAGACGAACUGAACGCCAGCCCCUAUCCAGCUGAGCUCCGAAUUCCAUCGCUGCUCGCUCGAUCAAGGAGUUCGACAGAGCCUUCUAACCACGGCAUCGACUUGGUCAAGCUGGCGGAUUAUUUCAAUUCUCUCGACUUUGAGCAAAUCCGGCGGAGGCGAAAAAAGUACAACUAUCUCUUCUGGGAUGCAACUCUUCUCGCGCAGGCUGACCCCAAGGGGAUCCCGUUCAAUCACAUGUCAGUUUUGCUCUCGCAUUAUGGUACAACAGAUGAUGUGGAACCACUAGACCUCGCAAAAGUUUUGGGUAUUGCUUCCUCGAGUUUCACCGUUGAGGAUUGCGUGAGAAUGGACAGAAUCUGGAGUCUCAUGCGGAUGCAGCGAUGCAGAAAGCAAUUUCUAAGGCAGAAAGAGCAAGGGAAGCCCGACCGCCCGGUCAGCUAG